AACAUUGGUUUAUCUUAUCAUGUGGUGAUGAAGUUAAACCCUUGUCCAAAGAUAAUACUGUGGGUUCAAGUGAUACUAAUUGUUGUAAGAUGAGCAUUGGUAGGAAUUGAAGUGAAGUAAGGUCUCUUUCUCAAAAGGGACCACAGUUACUGAAGAUGGGAUUAUGAGAAGACUAGUAGUGCUUAAUUUAUCUUAAUUUUUUUCAUUAAAUGAAAACAAUUAUCACAGUAUUGAGUGCCACAUGUGUUGUUGUCACAUGCUAGCUGCAUUAUUUCGUGUAUUGUGGUUUUGUUCUGCCCUGUGUCCUGUACUUGGGAGUUGGGACCCCAUUGUAUGUGAUGUUGGUCCUCAUGGUUUUACAGUGAGAAAUGGGAAGAGAGUAGUACUAGACUACUACUAGUAUUAGGAUUGUGUGAUAGAAAUCUAGGAAUUAUAUGAUUCAUUCAUAGCAAAAGGGGUUGUAGAGUAGGUGAAGCCAAUAAAAUCUAACUGGGAAAAAUGGGAGGCUUGUGUGUGAAUAUUGUCAUCUUAGUUAAGAUUGGCCCCACAUACUUGGCUACUUAUGAUACUUUACUUUCCUUUUGCCAAAUUAGAAUGUCCCUUUGUACCCAAAAAUAACACCCAACUUGAAGUGGCCCACCAUGCGCCAACCCAUGCAUCAUCAUCCAUGUCUUAGCUCAUGGGCCAAUUUUGCUACCUAGUUAAAAAUAAGUGUAUAGAAAAGUGUACAAGAGAAAUGUAGAUACGAAUAUUAUUUCUCUUUUACUAAUUAUAAAAGAGUGAAGUGUUAAAAUUUUAUUGAACGAUAAGGAAAAUCGAUCCAUGAAAAAUUGAAUAUUUGUCUGAUUUAUACACAAAGUUAAAUUAUUGAUCGGAUGAAUAUGUCAACCAGAAUUCAUUUUUGGAACAUACUUGACAAAUACAUUCGGCCUUUUAUGUGUUAUUUUUGGUCUUUUACUCAUAAGUGAAUGUAAGAAUAGGAGAUUCACGUGCAUGAUGGUAACUACUAACUACCGUUCAUUUUGGUUGGGUAAGGGGUAUGAAAGAGUUGUGAUUUGUGAUUUUUGAACAACUUGUUUCUUGUCAUUUGACAAGUGAAAACCAAAAGGGUUUACUAAUUUACUUACUUUUUUGAAGGGGGGAAAAAAGUUGAUGUUCUAACCUUCACGUGAAACUUCAAAGAAGUAAACACUUGUUAAGGAUACUAUUAUAGUAACAUGUUAGGCUGUAAAGCAUUACUUUCUUUUCUUAUAGUGUUCAAACAUAGGAAGGCUACUAUGUUAAUUAACCUUAGUUAUUUAUAUAUGUCUUCUCCUUUUGCCAUCAUGCUCAUUAUUUCGUGUCAUGUCAAGGUGGGGAAUGUGACACAAGGAAUGAUAUAUCAAUAAGGGGUGACUUUACACUAUGUAUUUGUGUUUCUUAAUCAUUACCUCCAUAACCCCUAACCCACCAUUCUCUCUCUAAUGUCCUUUUCCUUUGCUUUUAAUAUUCUAUACCUUUUUGACAUUCCAUGCUUAUCCUAUAGUACCCUAUCUUAUAUAUCUUAUUGUUUUAGACUCAUGGUAGUGAUAUAUAUAUUUAAUUAAAAUAUGAUAUUGUUAAUCCUAUACUUAAUUUGCCUAAUUCGGUUAUUCAUUUCUUCUUGGAUCUUUUGAAUUAUGCUUCAUGUUGAUUCUUCUUCGUGUUGAUCUUUUGAAUGUUGAAGGCAAGAAGGGCAUUGAGAGCACUUAAAGCAUUGGUGAAGUUACAAGCACUGGUGAGAGGCCACAUUGUGAGGAAGCAAAGUGCGGAUAUGCUGAGGCGCAUGCAAACUUUGGUGCGCCUCCAGGCUCGUGCACGUGCGAGUCGCGUGCACUUGUCUGACAACAUGCCUUCUUUCAAGUCUUCACUUUCUCAUUACCCUGUUCCUGAAGAGUAUGAGUAUCCACUUCGUGCCUAUAGUACAAAAUUUGAUGGAUCUUCUAUCCUCAAGAGAUGUUGUUCCAAUUCAAAUUUUAGGGACAUUGAGUUAGAGAGAGCCCGAUUCGGUUCCAGUUGGUUAGACAGUUGGAUGGAACAAAGUGCGUGGAGCCAAACUGGUAAUGCUUCAAAGAAAAACGGGCACAUAGAUGACGAGAAGAGUGACAAGAUUCUUGAAGUUGAUACUUGGAAGCCACACAUGAAUUCUCACAAUAACAGUAGCAGCUCAUUCAAGGCACCACAACAUUAUUUCGCUCCAGAUUACAGCGACAACUUUCUCAUGGCAUAUGAAUCUCCAUCGAAACGUUCCUCGAAAGCGCUAAAUACAAGUUUCUCAUCUAGGGAAGUGUUGCCCUUAGGUUCUCCUAGAUUCCACAAAGGAAAAGAAGUGGUGAUGGCUUCAAGAACCGCAGAGAAUAGUCCACAAGCAUUUUCGGUCUCAUCUAGGCUCAGUAAUGGUGGAAGGAGAGGCCCUUUUACACCAACAAAGAGUGAGUGUUCUUGGGGUUUCUUCAAUGGAUAUACUAGUCACCCAAGCUACAUGGCUAACACUGAAUCUUCAAGAGCUAAGGUUAGGUCACAAAGUGCUCCAAGGCAAAGGCUUGAGUUUGAGAGAUAUGGUUCAACAAGAAGGAGUUUUCAGAAUCCUUGGGAUGCAAGGCCUAAUCCAAGUUCUGCCUCAAGCCAAUUUAACUGAUUUGGGAGUACCAAAUUAAGAUUAUUCAAGUUUUAUGGUUGAAUUUUAUUAUCUCUACCCCUCUUUUUUCCCAUUUAAAAAAAAAAAGAAAGAAAAGAAAAGAAAAGAAAGAAAGGAGAGGCAUUGUUUUGUUUUGCUUUGGUUGGUUUUUAUUUGUAUGACAAGUGGUUUUAGAUUGUAAGUAGUUCAAUAGUUGACUUGUACUCUUGUAGAAAAAAAAAAUCCUCAAAAAUGAACAAAUAACUUUUUUUUUUA